UCCUGGAGAACUUGCAAAGCAUGCUGUUUCAGAAGGAACCAAGGCUGUCACCAAGUACACUUCCAGUAAAUAAUUUAUUAAUGAUUACGAUCUCCCAUUAACACUCCUAUUCCCCAAUGUAUUUAUUCAUAUGUUCCUGUUUUAUACUAAAAACCUAAUAAAUUGGUAUUGGUAAAGUAAACUCGAUUUUGGGAAACAUGUGCGAGCGUUAGUGACCUCAGACAUCUGUCGCUCCGCCCCUCCACCGCAUAUGGGUAUAUAAUAUACACUACGUUGGCAUUCAUUAGUCAACCAGUCUGCACAACACCAAAUCGACGCGCAAAAAUGCCAAAGAACACCAAGAAGAGCCAAGGAAACAAGAAAUUGGAGAUGACCAAUAAGCAAUUCGAUGAUUUGCUGAAGGAGAUGGGAGGUCUCCCAGAGGGAAUGAAUCUCGAUCCAGAGCUUCUCGCAGUUCUUCGUCAAGCAACAAAUGCCGAGUUCAACAAGGUGGCCAAGGAGAAGUAUGGAGAUGUUCCAGAAGGUUCAGAUGAUGACGAAGAGCAGCAAACUUCGGAGCAGAAUAAGGAGCAGCAGCAGUCAUCCAGUUCGAAGAGUACUUAGUUGUGUUCUUCGUUUUCGAAAAUUUCUAAAUUCUCAAACCGAUUCUUAUUUUCAAGAUCUCUUAUUUUUACAUCAAUAAAACCAUUUUGCUCAAA